AUGGGCCAUUUUAUUGAAGUUCAGGUCUCGGAUGGAGCUCUUUACCGCACGAAGAUUCACUGUUACUUCUUGGACCAAACCCGAGUCGUUCGUCCGUUACACAAGGAGAAGAAUUACCACAUAUUUUACCAAAUGCUCGCCGGACUGACGCCAGACGAACGAGCCAAAUUGAACCUUGAGGGUUACUCGGUGCAUAAUCUGCGAUACCUGAAUUGUGGAGACGUGAGUCAAGAUAAAAACGAAGACCGACGCAGAUUCGAGGCGUGGAAAACUUGUCUGGGCCCGAACGAGCAGAGAAGCCCUGGCGAAAGCUUUGUAUUGUCGUUGACACCGCUGCUAACACUCUGCACGGUUAUCGAACUUCUCUGA